GACAACAGUCAAGGAAUCCGGUGUCUCUCGACCUCAUUCAGCAGUGACGAUGAUGCGGGAUCACCACCACAUCGGUAAGAAAAUAAAUAUGAGUCACACAUCCCCCAAGCCUUACAACAAUUGAUAUAAGUCCCACCGCUUCUAGAAGCCGAGUCUCGGUACUCUCUAAUUGAAAGAAUAAACCCCUAUACGCAAGGUGAAGCUGACCUUACCGCCUUGUCGAAUAGAAACGCCAAGCCUUUCCCCCCUUCACGCGAAAUCUCCACAGCAUGACGAGACUCCACUCGCUUAAAAUGAUGCUUCAUGCGCAUGCGUACCAAACGUGCAGAAAAACGAAUGUUUCCUUGAAGGCUUUCAUAUUAGCUAAUGCUGUAUUUUCUAUGUCUCGAGAACGAAUGAUCGGCUCCUUGCCUUUUCUGUCCAUUUCGCAUAACCGCUGGGCGAGUUGUAGUUAGUCUGUCCCGGCUUGUAUAGCGUGUACGGGGUUUCCGGAAUCUAGCCGAUGGCUGUCUGCAUGAAGAUGGUUCGGAUAUUGAUUAUAAUCAAGUGAAAAUGUUUUAUGCCUUUGUUCUCAUUGACAUUCUCACCUUCCAUAUACACGUCAAGAAAAACGAAGCAAAAGCAAUAUGGCUAAAGAAAAGCCCCAAAAGGCUGAGGAGCCCGAGGACGCCUCGCAAAACCACAAGCGGAAGAAGUCCACGGGGACCAUCAACCUCCUCGUCGAGACGCGUCGCCAGGCCUCAGACGACUACGCUCGAGCCCAGCGCGCCGAGAAAGCAUACCGCAUGCGCAAGAACGCGACAAUCGCGAGGUCCACGUUGCGCGAUACCAAGACGCACUUCAGCGAGGGGUUCAAGCAUCUAGGGCAAGGCUUCAAGGGUUUAUUCACCGUCAUUCGAGCCGUGCCGUAUCUCGUCGGGGAGAAGCAGGAGAUCUCGAGACGGAAGUCUGAGGUGAAGAAACGCGCGCGCGCCGAGGAUAUGCGGAAGAAGCUGGACGAGAAGUUAGCGAAGAAGUAUGCGGGCGUGGAAGAGGAGACGGAGGAAGGUGAGGAUGGGGAGAAGAAGAACGAGGCCGAGACCAGUGGGGGCAUAUGGGGGAAGAAGAAGUGAAGGGGGGAC